GGACUUUGCCAACGUCACUCGAAGCAGAUGGCGGUGGUGGCGGUGGCGGGGAGCGGAUAGCUGCUGCUGCACUGGCCGGCGGUGAGGAGGGGUUAACGGGGGACUCUCCGACGAGACACGGUGGACUAAAGUUAAUAACUUCAAACAAACCCGGAGCUUGAUUUAAGCGCAUUUAAAAGGACAUGACUGAUUCAUCUGCUGCGUUAAAAGGCUCAUAUUCUCCCGCUGCGUUCCCGAAGGCCUGAGGAUUUGAGUGAUUAUUGGAUCCAGAGUUUCAGCCAACACACAGACAAGCCCUUUAAAUGACGGAUAAAUGCUCGGAAGUCUAUUCUCUAAGAGCUGUUUCUUCUGUUCCCGAUCUGAACUGCCAAAACGGGUUCGUUUAGGACGAAUUCGGACAUUGAAACUACGGUUAAAAGGAGGGUUUACCUCAGUUAGCUCUGCGGCUAAAAACUCGCUCAUCCACAAUGAAUCAAUAUUAGCCGUUAGCAGCAAGCAUACACGGCUAAUUUAAAGGAAUAAAUCCGUAUUCGAUGAUCUCGGAUCGAUAUUUUGAAUUGAUAUGCUGUCAGUCCCGUGUCUUACAUCCGGUUGUAUCGAUUACUUGGCUGCUAAAGCCUGAGAUCUUCUGUAGCACUGUCUAAAUCCAUGCAGUCAUAGGAACGGGUACUGACAGUAAAGUCUCUUGAAUCUCGAACAGUCAGAUAGUACAGCAGUAAACGCUGACUCUUUAUUUCAUGGACCUACAUUUAGGUUGAGUUCAUUCAUUGGAUCCAUUGAUUCAUAUUUGAUGACAGGAGUAGCCCAGGUGUGAGUUUCGCUGGUGUUGGUCACAGAGUAACACACAUGAGCAGGUAGAGUGAUUGUGUGUAUGUGUCAUCAUGGGGAAUACAGUGUCCUGCUGCGUGUCCCCCAGUGGAAGUCCAAAACUGCCCCGACAGUUGGAGCGUCUAGAGGAAUAUCAGAUCAGUACUGACCUGAGCGAUGACACCGGUCCAUAUCUGCAGCACAUCAGUGACAGAGAGGUGCCUGACGAUUUGGCAUUAGAGUCCAACCCUUCAGAUCAUGCCCAGGCCAGCACGAUUUUUCUUAGCAAGUCACAGACAGAUGUUCAGGAUAGAAGGAAAAGCAAUCACAUAAAUCACGUAAGUGGUUAUGGGUUGAUACUGAUUAUAUGCUGGAAUGUUUUUCUGUGCAUUAAAUGUUGUUUUUUUCUGCAGGUCUCUCCUGGUCUGCUCUCAAAGAAAUACAGCUCCUGCUCAACGAUAUUCAUUGAUGAUAGUACAGUUAGCCAGCCAAACCUGAAAAGCACAAUCAAAUGUGUUACAUUAGCAAUAUAUUAUCACAUUAAAAACAGGGACUCUGAUAGGUCAUUGGACAUUUUUGAUGAAAAAAUGCACCCCUUAUCUAGGGAGCAGGUUCCUGAAGAUUACUGCCACACAGACCCCGAACACAAACUCAUCUAUCGAUUCGUCCGGACGCUGUUCAGCGCGGCACAGCUUACAGCUGAGUGUGCAAUCGUCACUCUGGUAUAUUUGGAGAGGCUGUUGACUUAUGCUGAGCUGGACAUUUGCCCAUCUAACUGGAAGAGGAUUGUGUUGGGAGCAAUCCUGUUGGCCUCAAAAGUCUGGGACGAUCAGGCUGUGUGGAACGUAGACUACUGUCAGAUCCUCAAAGACAUUACUGUUGAGGACAUCUGUCUUUGUCAGCCUCUGGACUGGCGUGCUUCAAGUGCUCUCAGAGCUCCUCUACAAUGGUCCAGGCUCUCUCCCACUCCAUUUGUUACCCCUAGCGACCAAAACCCCACCACCUCUACCCAUACCCACCUCAACCUUAUGUCUGCUCUUCCCAAAACAUUUGGGAUGCUGUCUCCACAGUGACUGUCUUUGUGUCUGCACUUAGACGCAGUAGAGCAUCUCUAUGAUAGUUUGGGGGUGUAAAAGAUACAAGUAAAUUGUUUAGAGUUCACUGUAUUAUAAUAUUGUAUUUGACAGUUAUGCACAUGAACUAUGAUUUUAAGUUCAAAUAGAAAUGAAAGUGUAUGCUUAGGUGCCGUGACUGGUCUGCCUUUCGUGUUUGUUUGUUUUUUACCAUUUUCACCAUAAAUCAAUUCAUAAUAGUCUGGGAUGUGACAAAUAUUACAUGUAGUGUCUCAAAAUGUCAUAUCUUCAUAUACAAGAAUUGGAAAAAUGCUGUAUAAAUUGGUUUUCAGAUGAAGUUCAGCAUGUCACUUUGCUGUCACUGCUUGACACAUCAUGUACCCAAUAAUACCCAAUAAUGGAUUGUGUUAAAAUUCAUUAAAAAAAAAAGUACUCGUGUCAGUGAUGAUUUCAUAUUGUAAAACUAUGGUAUUUUGAUAUAUACUGUGGUACUUAUGGUACUGUAAGGUACUUCAGAGAAUACCUUUAUGGUUGUGUCCAAACACCAUGGUCUCACUAUACUUUGUUUUCCUAAAAUAAUUUUCCCGUGGUGUUUUUAUGUUAACAUGGAGCUUUUUUGUAAGGGUAACACUAAUCUGUUUCAUUUGAACAGAGAUUAUUUGCUGCAAAAUCCGAUCUGUAAUUUAGUCUUGAUUCAGCUUUUGUUGUAUUUUAACUUUUAUCAGGACCUUCUUAAAAGACACAUUGCUGACUAAUCGAAUCUCAUGAUCCAUU